AUCAUUUUUUCGCUCGCAUUCACCAGCAUCCCUCUCCUUCCCGUCGCUUUCCAUGCUCGUUUCUCUUCUUUUCUGAUCUUCACUGCUUCUGUUGCGUACAAGCGGCCCUUGUGUGCCGAUUCCAUUCGCUAAUAUCCCUUCUGAUCGACACAAUGUCCCCUGACGUUCGACUCCACGCCUUCUCCUGGUUGAGCCGCGUAGUCCUCUUGUUCACUUGCUUAUCUAACGCCUUCUAUAUUCCGGGCUAUUCAAUACGCAGCUACCAUGAUAACGAGAACAUCCCCUUACUCGUGAACAAGGUCUACUCAGACCACAGCCAGCUGCAGUACGCCUAUUUCGACCUACCCUUCGUCUGUCCGCCCACCGGCCACAGACAUCAUGGCUCGUCACACGCCAGCGGACACAGUGUGCCUCUCAAUCUCGGAGAAGUCCUACGAGGUGACCGGGUCAAGACGUCGGAUCUGGAGGUUGACAUGGGACGAGAUGUGGAUUGCCAAUACUUGUGUGAUCGAGUCGUGGGCCGACGGGACAUGCAGUGGGCUCAACAGCUGAUUGAAGAGGAGUACGUCACAGAUUGGAUUCUAGACAACCUCCCUGGAGCUACGGCAUUCGUCACCGUCGAUCGAAGCCGGAAAUACUACGCGGCUGGCUUCAAGAUGGGUUACAAGGACUUUGAUCUCGCGACUGGAAAAGAACGGUACUUCUACUACAACCACUAUACCCUUGUCGUACGCUGGCGUCCGGCUCCUGGGAGAGCGGGCGACAAUGGCGCGAAGGUCGUCGUGGGGUUCGAGGUCUAUCCCAAGAGCAUCGCAGCAGGACAUCGCAACGAGACAGGCUGCCCGCUGGACGUCUCCGGAGAUCAGGAUCCCUUGGCCCUAUACCUUCCUGGAAACAGCAGUUACCUCAGGGAACAAUUCCCCGACUCAUCCUACAUUCCGGAUGAGGUUAUCGACAUGGACGAUGGUGCUACGAUGACGAUCCCGUACACAUACUCGGUGUACUUUCGAGAAGAUCAAGAGGUGGAAUGGGCAAACCGAUGGGACCUAUACUUCAGUGAUCAGGCCGAGAGCAAGUUCACCCAUUGGCUAGCUAUCCUCAAUUCUCUGACCAUCUCUGGAAUACUGGGCGCAAUCUGCAUUGUGAUCUGGGGACGAACGAUGCAGGGCGACGUCAAGGGUCGCGGAGAUGGAGUGCUUGAGGAGGCCAGACUGCGCAUCGGCAAGAGGACUGACAAGAAGAAGUCAACUAGUGGUAUCCUCGAAAAGAUCUCCGAAACUGGACCGGAUGACGACCUAUCUUCGGAUGAAGAGUCUCUUGAGGAAGUCAGUGGUUGGAAACUUCUUCACGGCGAUGUCUUCAGACCACCACCAUAUGGGGGACUCCUUGCGCCUUUGGUCGGCUCUGGAAUGCAGCUCGUCUUUGUCAUCGUGGGACUUCUAAGUCUCAGCUGCGCUGGCAUCAUCAACCCAAGCUGGCGCGGUGGAUUCUGGAGCGUCGGGAUUGGUUUGUUCGUGUUUGCUGGCGGAUUUUCGGGCUACUUCUCUGGAAGAGUAUACAAGACGUUCGGUGGCCAGAAUUGGAGCAAAAAUACGAUGAUGACUGCACUCCUAUUCCCCGGCCUGCUUUUCGCCCUCGUAUUUGUGCUCAACUUGUUCUGCUGGGCACAAGCAUCCUCCACGGCACUUCCCUUCUCGACGUUACUGGGCCUAGCUUGCCUAUGGCUUCUCAUCCAGCUUCCCCUCGUCCACUUGGGUUCUUAUUACGGGUACCAUCGAUCACCAGCCUGGGAGCAUCCAACACGCACCAAUACUAUACCUCGACAGAUCCCUGCACAAGCAUGGUAUUCUAAACAUCAGAUCGGACUUAUUUUGGGAGCCGGUCUCGUAUCCUUUGCAGUCCUGUUCAUCGAACUCAUCUUCGUCUUCAAGUCACUUUACCUCGACAAAUCAUCCUUCUAUUACGUUUUCGGCUUUUUGAGCAUUAUCUCGGCACUCCUCUCCAUCACCAUCGCCGAGACAGUAAUUAUCACGACUUACAUACAACUUUGCGCGGAGAAUUACCACUGGUGGUGGCAGUCCUUCUUCGUGGGAGGAUCAUCGGGACUUUGGAUCUUUGUUUAUUCCGUGUGGUACUAUGCCACGCGGUUGCACAUCGAAGGCUUUGUGAGCAGCCUUUUGUUUUUCAGCUACAGCGCUCUCGCAUGCGCCGUUUAUUCCUUAGCGACGGGGACGAUUGGGUUCCUGACGGCGUACAUGUUUGUUUGCAGGAUCUACGGCGAUGUCAAGGUGGAUUGAGGGAUAGCCUGGUCACCACCGAUUCAUAAUGAUAGAAUGGGCAACGAGAAAGGUCUAGAUUGUAUAGCCUUGCAACCAAAAGCUUAUGAUCCAAUACAUUCAAAAGGGAAAACAGCGGUUCACAACAGUUCGUUCUGAUGCUGAUGUGAGUCAUGAGCGAC